UCAGUUAACUAAAGUCUCCUUGCUACUCUGAAAUCUCGGAAGCGAUCACAUCAAUUCAGGAAUUCUUUCUAUGGGAACACCUGCUGAUUCUAUCACAAUGAAGUGGCUGCUUUAUGUGUCCUUGGUGUGCUUCUCUGCAAUGGCACAGCUGCAUAAAGACCCUGCCCUGGAUCACCACUGGCAGCUCUGGAAGAAAACCUAUGGCAAACAAUACAGACAAAAGAAUGAAGAGGCAGCACGGCGUCUCAUCUGGGAAAAGAAUCUCAAGUUUGUUAUGCUUCACAAUCUGGAGCAUUCAAUGGGAAUGCAUUCAUAUGAUCUAGGCAUGAACCACUUGGGAGACAUGACCAGUGAAGAAGUGGUGUCUUURAUGAGUUCCCUGAAGAUUCCCAGUAACUGGCACAGAAAUGGCACUUACAAGUCAAACCCUAAUCAGAAAUUGCCAGAGUCUUUCGACUGGAGAGAGAAGGGGUGUGUGACUGAAGUCAAAUCCCAGGGUUCCUGUGGUGCUUGCUGGGCUUUCAGUGCUGUGGGAGCCCUAGAAGCACAAGUGAAGAUGAAAACAGGAAAUCUGGUCUCUCUCAGUGCCCAGAAUCUGGUGGAUUGUUCAACUGAAAAAUAUGAGAAUAAAGGCUGCAAUGGUGGCUUCAUGACGGAGGCUUUCCAAUACAUCAUUGAUAACAACGGCAUUGAAUCAGAAGCUUCCUAUCCCUACAAGGCCAUGACAAAGGUGCURGCUUAUCAGAGGUUUCUGAGGGAAAUAUGGAUUGGUGCCAAACUUGGCAAGAACCUGACAAAUACAGCACUGAUGGCAAAGAGUGGUGUCUACUAUGACUCAUCCUGUACUCAGAAUGUGAAUCAUGGUGUACUAGUGGUUGGCUAUGGUAACUCUAAUGGGAAAGACUAUUGGCUUGUGAAAAACAGCUGGGGCCUCCACUUUGGUGAAGAAGGAUAUAUUCGGAUGGCAAGAAAUAGUAAAAAUCAUUGUGGGAUUGCCAGUUAUUGCUCUUACCCAGAAAUUUAGAGGACCUCUUCAUUUUAUAACAAGUCAAGAAGAUGAAAUACUUUCUCUUAAUUUUACCUGCUGUAGAAAUAAAGAUGAAAUGUAUCAACAUCAAUAUAUAUUUGCCAUUACUAAUUAGAAAAUAUAGUUUUGCUUUCACUUUAUAAAGCUUUG